GAGGGAGGGGAGGUGAAGUGGAGGGGGGCGAGGGGGUGAGAGAGGAGGUGACUCUCCGACAGCAUUUAGACACAGCGAAAGGAUCAUGGCGGAUGGCCCCAGGUGUAAGCGCAGAAAGCAGGCGAACCCGAGGAGGAACAACGUGACUAACUAUGGCAAUGCAGUGGAGGCGGGCUCGGACUCCGAUGACGAGGACAAGCUGCACAUCGCCGAGGAGGAAGGAAGCCUGGCGGACGGGGCCGACUGCGCCUGCACCCCGCCGGACGACAAGCGCGCCACGCAGCGCUGCUGGGACGGAGUGAAGGAGGAGUGCGCGUCGGACGGCGAGGACGACGGGAGCACAGACGCCCACUUGGAGGAGAUGCUGCAGCAAGGGGACACGGCAGUCAUCUACCCAGAAGCCCCGGAGGACGAGCCCCAGCGCCAGGGCACGCCCGACGCCGGCGUCCACGAUGAGAACGGAACUCCCGAUUCGUUCUCUCAGCUGCUCACCUGCCCGUACUGCGCACGAGGCUACAAGCGUUACAGCUCCCUGAAGGAGCACAUCAAGUACCGACACGAGAAGACGGAGGAGAGCUUCAACUGCCCCGAGUGCAGCUACAGCUUCGCCUACCGCGCUCAGCUGGAGCGGCACAUGACGGUCCACAAGGGCGGACGGGAUCAGAGACACAUCCCCCAGUCGGGAGGCAAUCGUAAAUUCAAGUGCACUGAAUGCGGCAAAGCAUUUAAAUACAAACACCAUCUAAAGGAGCACCUACGCAUCCACAGCGGAGAGAAACCCUACGAGUGCUCCAACUGCAAGAAGCGCUUCUCCCACUCAGGCUCAUACAGCUCCCACAUCAGCAGUAAGAAGUGCAUCAGCGUCAUCUCAGUCAACGGCAGGCCGCGCUCGGGGAACGCCAAAACCCAGAGCCAGGGUCUAUCGCCGGUUCUGCCCACGUCACCCUCGGCCCUCCACACCCAGAUCAGGGAGAAGCUGGAGCACAGCAAGCCCCUACAGGAGCAGCUGCCACUCAAUCAGAUCAAGACCGAGCCUGUGGACUACGAGUACAAGCCGACCUUGAUAACAUCCCAAGCCAUGGCCGCCAUGAACGGCGGGGUUUUCAAUGGAGGUGGCUCCACUCCUCUGCAGGGCACAGUGCAAGCCGUGGUCCUGCCCACGGUGGGGCUGAUGUCCCCCAUCAGCAUCAACCUGGCAGACCUGCAGAACGCUCUCAAAGUGGCGGUAGACGGUAACGUCAUUCGUCAGGUCCUAGAAAGCAAUGCCAAAGGCCAAGGGCAGGUGAACUCGGGGUUAACCACUGGAAUGCUCCAUCCUGCACAGCAGCAACUCAUCUCAGCCAUCAGCCUGCCCAUUGUGGGUCAAGAUGGAAAUGCAAAAAUCAUUAUAAACUACAGUUUGGACCCCAACCAGGGCCAGCUCAUGGCCCACAACCUGAAGAAAGAGUCUGAACCCACCUCUCCAGACCAGACCACCACUGACACCUUCAAAUCCCAGAAACUCCCUGAGGAUCUGACCAUCAGGAGAACCGGGCCAAAUGAAACGAAAGAAAAAGAGGAAAACACCACUAAGACUUGUCUCCUGUGUGAUAACUGUCCCGGUGGGCUGGAAGCACUCCAUGCCCUCACGCACUGCAAGAAGGACGGCGUGAGGCUGAACGGAGUGGGCCUGGAUAAGUCGGACUCUGCUGUUGCUGCCUUGCUUUCAGAGGGAGGUCUCUGUAAUCAACCCAAGAACCUGUUGUCCCUGCUCAAGGCUUACUUUGCCUUAAACGCAGAGCCCACCAAGGACGAGCUGGCAAAGAUCUCCGACUCAGUCAGCCUGCCAAUCCAUGUGGUUAAGAAGUGGUUUGACAAAAUGCAGGAGGGUCAGAUAUCGCUGGGUGCCCCGACACCUCCCUCGGAGGAGGAGGAGGACACCUGUGAAGCCAGCAGAGUGGUGUCUCUUGUCCCGGGGAAGGACACGGCCAAUAUGAGCCCCUCCGGGACCCGGGGCAGCCCGACCGAAGCCACCCCAGCGGAAGUCAACGGCAGUCACAGCACCCCAGCCUCUCCCUCACCUCUAAACCUGACAGCUGGGGGUCCCGUCCCAGCCCCGCCUCCCCAGAGCACUGAGGGACCCCUAGACCUGUCGCUGCCAAGGCCCACCAGAGAGGAAGGGGAGAGAGUGAUGGCUGUAGCCCGUGUUUACCCCUCCCCUUCCUCUGGCUCCAAUAUGGAUGUGGAUGAACCCCUAAACUUAACUUGCACAAAGAAAGAGGCAUCGCCACUCUCAGCCAUGGGCGCCAGCCCCAUCGCACUGUACGCCAGCCAGCCAGGUGCCAAAGCCCUUGACAUUGUGACCACAAUGCAAUGCCUACGAGCACUCGCCACUAACAACAAACAGACUAUCCUGAUCCCCCAGCUGGCUUACACUUAUACCACUACAGCCAGUAGCCCUGCUGGGACCCAGACGCAGGAAACCAUCCACCUCAACGGAGUUAAGGAGGAGAAGCACGACACGGGCUCAGAAGGCGUGUCCACCAUGGAGGAGCAGAACGACUCGGACUCGGGCCCUGCGCGGAAGAAGAUGAAGAAGACGGACGGCAGCAUGUACGCCUGUGACCUGUGCGACAAGAUCUUCCAGAAGAGCAGCUCGCUGCUGAGACACAAAUACGAACACACGGGGAAGCGGCCUCACGAGUGCGGCAUCUGCAGCAAGGCCUUCAAACACAAGCACCACUUGAUCGAACACAUGCGCCUCCACUCGGGGGAGAAGCCGUACCAGUGCGACAAGUGCGGCAAGCGCUUCUCGCACUCGGGCUCCUUCCAGCACAUGAACCACCGCUACUCCUACUGCAAGAAGGAGACGCAGGGCGAAGGCCGCGAGAGCCCCGAGGAGGACGGCGAGGCCCGGGCCGAGAUGGAGGCGCUGGCUCGACUGGAGCGGCUCCUGGCGCCCUCCCAGCUGGACCUGGACGAGCGGGGGAGCAGCACGAGGGAGGACGAGGAGAGUGAAGACGAGGAGGAGGACGGCGCUGUGGACAUGGAUGACAUCCAAGUGGUGCAGAUAGGGGACGAAGGAGGGGAUGAGGAGGAGGAAGAAGAGAGAAUUGAGGAGGAGACAGAAAUAGUAUUAAAGGAGAGAGAAGGGGGGGAGGAAAGGAAUGAAAUGGAGAUGGAGAAAGAAAUGGUGGAGGUGGAAGGUAACGAGCAGAGGAAUGAGGAGGAGAUGGAGAGAGUGUUGGUGCAGGGAGGAGGGCAGAAGAAGAAGACAGCAAUAGAGGCGGAAGAGGAAGACAAGGAGGAAGACCAGGAGGCUGACUCAAGGCGGGAUGAGUUGCUCGGAAGCAGUCAGGAAGAGAAAGGGGAGGAGGAUGAGGAGGCGAUGGAUGCAGAGGAAGGGCUGACGGAAGAGGGGAAAGCAGAGGUGGAGGUCACAGAGGGGAGUGGAGGCGAAACAGACACGGCUUGUGGAGAGCAGAACCAGACGCUGCAGGAGAAAUGCGAUACGGACUGAAAGAGGCACCCCGACUCCUCCCCGAGACACAAUCACAUCUCUCCUCCUCUCCCCGUGCGCAGGAAGAAUGCAGGAGGUGAUGUCCGGUCACUCUGACAGUUCCUUUCAGUUCACUACUGUGUAGAAAAUCCAGGUGUGCCUGAAUUUAAAAAAAUACUAGUGACUUUUCCGGUGGAGAGCGAUUUCUCGCUGUCCAAAAAAAAUCAAUUUGUAAAGAAAAAGAUGAAGACAAAUACAAAUUUUAACUAACGAAGAAAAUGCAUUAUACAGACUUUGGAAGCUAGAGCCGACACGUUUUAGAUAAUGUUUUAUUACUAAAACACCGUGGGUCAUUUCUUUUUAUCAGUGUUACUAAUUUUCUCACUCAUAUUUUAACCUUUGAAAGCUGUACAGUCGGGAGAUAUUUCUAUACCUUUUUAUUGCCAAUGAACAAAAAAAUAACUCAGUAUUUUAUUAAGUUGGAAGGAAAAAAAAGACAAAUACUGUGCACUACAAGUGGCUUGGUUUACCGAUGUAUCGAGCAGUGGAGUUGUGUUGUCCACCCUUCAGUAUUACCGCACUAGAUAUACCACGCCACCACGCUAGCAGAUGUUAGCAUUAGGUCUCUUUUUUUGCUAUUCUUUCAUUUGGAUUGUGAGCCUUAAGAAAAAUGACAACGGAGAGCGGACAUUUACUUCCUUUCAGAAUUGUAGAUUCCUCUUUGUCAACGUUUCCUUUACAAAUCAGUGUUUUAUAGUUAAUAGUUUGACAUUUUGGGAAAUAAACCUAGAUAUUUUCUUUAUGAGAAUCCAAAUAUAUGUGUCCGAUAAAUAUACCGCUGCAGCCGGCAGCUGCUAAGCUUGGCUUUGCUUACUUUAGCUUAGCUUAACUUGGUUUAGUUUUUCCUAGCUGCAUUAGGCUUUUUAUGAGGAAAAGAAAGAGGGAGAAAAACUAGCUGAAGCUAAACGUAACGCUGCUUAAGCUAGAGGUUGUAUGUCCUGCUUAUCUACUGUCUCAAACUCCAGUCCAGUAGGUGGCUAAAUGCAGGACUAUUUGUUCCCAUCAGAGCAACCGCCCCCCCCCCCCAGAUGUGUAGUAUUUAUGCUAAACGAGGCUAAUCAUUCCUGUUGCUUCUGCUGCACAUUUAAAGUAUGCCGUAUCAAUAUUCUCAUCUGAUCUCAUCCAGAAAGUUAAUAAGGGCAUUUUCCUAAAAAGUGUUCAGAGCAAGCAGAGAGGUGAUCAAGAAAACAGUCUUCCCCCCCCCAAAAUCACGCCCAUGCCUUCCCCCCUAUUCCGAGCCAUAUGCAAAAAAAAUAAUCAAACUAAACAAGACAAUGCAUGCAUAUCAAAAGUGCCAUUGAAUAUUGCUGUGGAAGGCUAGCAGCUACGAUCAGGUAUUGCCAGUCCCAGAUCAACCCAUGAGGCGGAAUACACAGCUGAGAGAGUUUGGUCCAUCGCGUAUUCACCCAUUCUAGAUUUUAGAGAAAAUGCUUUUUGUUUCUAAUCCGAGCAGCUAAAAGAGUUCCAAUGCACAUGGAUAAUGAAGUAUGAGUUCUAACUAACUGUGUCCUGCCUUUGUCAAAGCUCAUUCGGUGCACUUGUUUAUUAACACACCAUGAAACGCUCAGAUGUCUCUUCAGGUAACAAAAUGUAGGCGAAUAUGGAUUUGAGGAGUCAGCAAUGUUUUUACCUGUCAGUAUUAUUUUUUGUCUCUUACGUUCUGGUUCCUUGUGUGUACUGUAUGUUUUCAGCAAUGGCAGUAUUAUCCCCACCCCCAAGGAGAUGGGUAUGUCUGUUUAGUCAUAGAGAACUUUUAUAUUUAUGUGUCUUAUUUUUUAUAUUUCUUUAUGGUUAUUUAUUACACAAUGUAGUGUACAAGACUGUAGUUUGUAUUAAUACGAUAAUAUAUUUUAGUAUGGAAAACAAAGGCAAACAACUUUGAGCCUGGAAAUAUUCUCCAGCACACUGAAGUAUGUUAUUCGAACAAAUAAAAGGUUUUUCCUCAGAAAAAGAACUCGCACCCUGCAAGCCUGAAAAUUGGAACCUAUGACCUCUGUGCAUCUAUUCUCAUGUUAGUUUUCUUUCCCCUCUCUAAUAUGAAGCUACUGAACUUUUGAAAACUAAUCGUAUGUCUAAUAGCAUGAGUGUGUGCUGUUUUAUUGAAGGAUUACUCUUAACCACACAAACUGUCCUUUCUGCCAAGCCAAAAUAAUAUUGACAUUUGUUCAUAUGUUUUUUUUUGUGCCAAUUUGUUACUUUAUGUCCGUGUCAAGACCACGCCCACUUUUAUAUACCCCUCUCCCUUUUAACAGCCUCAUCUUUUUUAUAGUGAUUUUUUUGGUGUUUUUUCUUUUUUGUUCUUUUUUUUUUAUGACUCCCCAUCUCACAAUAAAAGACAUCAAUUAAAAGCUG